GUUUAACGUUCAAGCUUUAUUUCUUCUGCCUGACUCAUAGUACUCUCCUCGUUUAACGUUUCACUUUUUUUUUAACAGUCAACACUGGUAAGGGAUAAAAGGGGUACCGCUGCUCCACCCUUUUAUACCCUUCCACGGCUUUAUUUACCACUACAGUUAAACCCUCAAAACCUGCAUUUUCAGGUUUCCAAUUCCUCCACGACUCUCUCUCUCUCUCUCUGGUUUCUCUUCCUUUUCUGUGUUUCUCUCGCUGUCUCCCCGCCUGCUACUCCUACACUUAGGUUUACUUUGAAUAACACCAUCUUGGUUCUAGCUAGGUCUUCGUUUGUUAUCAUUCAUAAAGUUAUUUUUCUUGCUCCAGGGUUUUUUCUUAUUUCGCCUAGCCUAGAAGAACAGAACAGAGAUAUGCUUCCUUUUCAGAGCUACUAUGGAUCGAGGAGCUUGUUGGAGAAAAAUAGUGAACGCGGUCGAGAACAAAACUCGGCGGUCAAUACGAUGGAGGGCGGGGAUUCGAUGAUGAGCUCUGCGUCGAAGGGGGAAAGGAGAUCGGAGGAAGCAUGUAAGAGUCACAAGGACGCCGAGAGGAGACGCAGGCAGCGAAUCAACGCCCACCUCUCCACCCUACGCUCUCUCCUACCCAACACCACCAAGACGGAUAAGGCCUCAUUGCUAGCACAGGUGGUCCAUCACGUGAAAGAGCUGAGGAAGCAAGCGGCUGACGUGGGGCGUCAGAGCGGCGACGCGUGUGGGAGUGGAUCGGACUCCGAUCCCGAGGUUUGGCCGUUCCCGGGCGAGUUCGACGAGGCGACCCUGAGCUACUGUGACGGGGGAAAGAAGGUGAUGAAAGCGACACUUUGCUGCGAGGACCGGCCCGGUUUAAACCUCGAGUUGGCCCGGGUGAUUCGGUCGGUCCGGGCCAGGGCGGUGCGGGCGGAGAUUAUGACGGUUGGCGGGCGGACCAAGAGCGUCGUGGUGGUGCAAUGGGCUGGGAGUGGUGCAGGUGGAGAGGAGGAAAUUGGGGCCUUGAAACGAGCUUUGAAGGCCGUUGUGGAGAAUCGAGCUUCGGGUCCUGGGCUGGGUCAAGGGGUCUCACGGAGCAAACGGGCUCGGGUUUAUGGUUCGCUUAAGAGUGACGACGAGCUUUUGUUGAGAGGCCUUUGAUCAAUGUCUUAGAUUUGAAAAAUGCUCGAUUCAGUGGUAAAUUACAAAUCUAGGGUGGCAGUGCGGGACUAUGGGUAAAAGAAGCUGGAAAGAGCAUUAGAUUAUCAUGGAUUUCUGUUAAUGUAUCAUGGACUGUUAGUUACCUAGGAUGAUGGAUCUUGAAAGUAUAUUCACUGGGGACUAGUUUAAUGUAUGGAGAGAUGUAUUUUUUCAACAACCUUAACUAUAUGGUAACGCUAGAUAUAUAGUCGUCUUUGAUAAUGCUAGUUUUGUAACGUGGACUCUUUGAUAA